GCAAAAUACAUUUCUCAGCGAGGGUUUACAGAUUUGCACUUUCUCUCUCUGUCGCUCUUUUUCUGUGUAUGAAGCUGACGAGCUCUCACCUGCUUUGCCGUCGAAUUCCGGGCCGGAUCUUCGAUUAGUUCAAAUGAGAUGGCAUCUUCGCAUAAUGUCGAGUUGGAGGCAGCAAAGUUUCUCCACAAGCUCAUUCAAGAUUCUAAAGAUGAGCCUGCCAAACUUGCCACAAAGCUUUAUGUGAUAUUACAACACAUGAAGUCAAGUGGGAAGGAACAUUCCAUGCCAUAUCAAGUGAUAUCAAGGGCCAUGGAGACUGUUAUUAAUCAACAUGGUCUUGAUAUUGAAGCUUUGAAGUCAUCACGCCUUCCUUUGUCUGGUGGAGCUCAAACAGGGUCUUCUCAGGCUGUUGGAGUUUCAAAAGAUUCCAAAACAGGUUUGGCCGAAAAUGAGAUGUCUAAUAUGGACCCGUUUUCUACAAGUAGACCACCUGUUGGCCCUAGCAGUACAGGUCAUGAUUAUUAUCAAGGAUCUACUACUCACCGGAGUAGUCAGUCUUUUGAUCAUGAAAGUCCAUCUAGCUUGGACUCUAGGUCUGCCAAUUCACAGUCACAAGAAAGGCGUGAUACAGCAAACUGGGACAAACAGGUGAAUCGAAAGGAUGGUAAAAAAGCCACCACUAAGAGGAAGAGGGGGGAUGAACCACAUCUUGAUAACCCCCAACAUCUUGAUACUCGAAAUGCUAUAGUUAAUACGAGGAAGGGAAAGAUAAACAAGGUUGAACCAUCGGCUGGUUUCCCAAUUAAAGGUGGUGAAAAUGCUAAUUUUAAUAUUGCUCCAAGUAGUGGUCAAAUGGAACAUUUUACAUCUUUCUCUGGAAGCAUGAGACCACUGCUUAGAGCCAAGCAAGAAGGUCAAAAUUUGAUAGAAAAGCAGUUGGAUUUGACAAACACUAGCAAUUCGAUGUCUCGGACCCCGAAUGCAAAACACCCUGAAGAAAUGGAAGUUUCUUCUACUCAUAAUGCUUUAGCACAGCAGCAAGCUGCUCCUGUACCUCUUACACAUGACACUAUGGGUGUGUGGAAUCAAAGUAAAGCUGGGUUUCCAUUUGAUAAGUCUCAAGUUCCCAGGUUUUCUUCUAAUGUUGUUGUCCCAAGUAAUAUGACAGCAGAAAUUCAAAUGCAGCAGUCAACAUCUCCAUCACCUGGAUCAAGUUCUUUUGGCAAGAUUCAAGGAGGUGUUCCAGUUACAUCUAGUUCAUAUCAAGUGGCAGAACCAGGAUUCUCAAGUCCAAUGCAAUACAGUGGGACGAUGCCUUCAACUGGAAAGGUCUCUGAGCAUGAUGGAGGAAAUACUAAUAUAUUAGCCGAUGCAAAUAAGAUAUUUCAGGCUGGAAGGCAAAAUAGUGCAUUAGAAAUGAGUAUGCUGAGAAGUGCAGCUGUGAGAGAUACUGGUAAAACUCCAGUCCACCUGUCUCCUGGCUCUCCUGGCAUGCCUUUCAAGGAACAGCAGUUGAAACAGCUCAGAGCACAGUGCCUUGUCUUUUUAGCAUUUAGAAAUGGUUUGAUGCCAAAGAAACUUCAUCUUGAAAUUGCACUGGGAAAUGUUUUUCCUAAAGAAGGUGGCAGUACGGAAGGGCCUCGAAAAGAGUUCAUUGACCAUAAAGGAAAAACACAAUUUUCAAAUGAGCAAAACAGCAUUUCUGAUUCCACUACACCAUAUGGAAGACUUAACAGUGAGAGGGAAACUGAUAAAAUUCUUCCCGGUGCCUCGUCCACCGGAAAAUUCCUGGAGACCGAGUCUUUGUCAAAAGAAACUGAGAACCCAAAGAUGGAAGAAAAGAAUGGCCCACCUCCGGAUCUAUUUGUUCUCGCUGAAGAAAGAAAGCAUCUUCUUGCUUCACAAAAACCAGAAUCUGAGACACAGACCCUGGAGACCACAGCCUCACCAGCAUGUUUAACCAUGACAUCACAGCAGCCUGAAUCUUCAGGUGCGAGGAGUGGUUUACCUGUUAGUAAUCCUGUGGAAAAUAUGGAAAAUGGACAUUUGCAAGUUGGAAGGGCUAACCAAACUUCUUCUCUAAUGGGUAUGAAUAAGCAGAAUUCUGAGAUAAUCAGCUGGACUGGAGUUGGCAAUCAGAAUGAAGUUUCCAGGGGACUGUUACCAGCCUCUGCUGGUCAGCCAGAGUUGGUGUCUGAAAGAAACAAUAAUGCACCUGGUCAGUUCCCAAAUCUUGGUAGCAGCAGUGCUCUGGGUAGUCAACAUACUGAUAAUCACCCGACUUCUUUUUCAUUCGGAGAUCGUUGGAAACCAAUUUCUGGAAUUGGCAAUGAUCAUCACUCAGCAAGUGCAUCAAAGGACACUCACAUGAUGCCAAAACAUGUUUCUCAUGGACAAGUAAGGGAAGAUAACCAUACUGAUUUGCCACCUUCACCAAAAUACACUAUGUCAGAGAAGUGGAUUAUGGCUAAGCAGAAAAAGAAGCUUCUGGAUGAACAAAAUUGGACUCUAAAACAGCAAAAAGCAAGGCAAAAAAUUGCCACAUGUUUCCACAAGUUAAAGGAAAAUGUGAGCUCAUCUGAAGAUAUAUCUGCAAAAACCAAAAGUGUUAUAGAACUGAAAAAACUACAACUCUUCGAGCUGCAACGCCGUCUCCGGAGUGAAUUUUUGAAUGAUUUCUUCAAACCAAUCAAUACUGAAAUGGAUCACUUGAGAAACUGCAAGAAAUUUAGACAUGGUAGGAGGAUAAAACAACUUGAAAAGUUUGAGCAAAAGAUGAAGGAAGAGCGACAAAAGAGAAUUCGGGAGAGGCAAAAGGAGUUCUUUGGUGAAAUAGAGGUUCACAAGGAAAGACUGGAUGAUGUGUUUAAAAUUAAAAGAGAGCGGUGGAAGGUUUUCAAUAAAUACGCAAAGGAGUUCCACAAAAGGAAGGAACGCAUCCAUCGUGAGAAGAUUGAUCGGAUUCAACGUGAAAAGAUAAAUUUAUUGAAGAUCAAUGAUGUGGAGGGAUAUCUGCGAAUGGUGCAGGAUGCCAAAUCUGACCGUGUUAAGCAACUUCUCAAAGAGACGGAAAAAUAUCUUCAAAAGCUCGGAUCCAAGCUACGAGAUGCAAAGGCUGUGGCAAGUCAGUUUGAGCAUGAUAUGGAUGAAAGUGGAAGUGGAGGUGCUAUUGGGAAGAGUGAGCCUAGUUUUGAAAAUGAAGACGAAAGUGACCAGGCAAAGCAUUACAUGGAAAGCAAUGAGAAGUACUAUUUGAUGGCUCAUAGUAUAAAAGAGAAUAUCGCUGAGCAGCCAUCUAGUCUUAAUGGUGGAAAAUUGAGAGAGUAUCAAAUGAAUGGCUUAAGGUGGUUGGUGUCUCUAUACAACAAUCAUUUGAAUGGUAUACUUGCUGAUGAAAUGGGUUUGGGUAAAACUGUUCAGGUUAUUUCUUUAAUUUGUUACCUGAUGGAAACAAAAAAUGAUCGAGGACCUUUCCUAGUGGUUGUGCCAUCUUCAGUGUUACCCGGAUGGGAAUCAGAAAUUAACUUUUGGGCCCCUAGUAUUCUUGGGAUCGUCUAUGCUGGGCCCCCUGAGGAGAGACGUAGGCUAUUCAAGGAAAGAAUAGUUCAACGGAAAUUUAAUGUCCUCCUUACUACAUACGAGUAUCUGAUGAAUAAGCAUGACAGACCUAAACUAAGUAAAAUACACUGGCAUUAUAUAAUAAUCGAUGAAGGCCAUCGGAUAAAGAAUGCUUCCUGCAAGUUAAAUGCUGAAUUGAAGCAUUAUCAAAGCUCUCAUAGAUUGCUGUUAACUGGAACUCCACUGCAGAAUAAUCUCGAAGAGUUGUGGGCGCUACUAAAUUUCUUGUUGCCUAAUAUUUUUAAUUCAUCAGAAGAUUUUUCUCAAUGGUUCAACAAACCAUUUGAAAGUAGUGGUGAUAGCACAGCUGACCAAGCCUUACUCUCUGAGGAGGAGAAUCUGUUGAUCAUAAACCGUCUUCACCAAGUUCUUCGACCAUUUGUCCUUCGGAGGCUGAAGCAUAAGGUUGAAAAUCAACUACCCGAAAAGAUUGAGAGACUGGUAAGAUGUGAAGCUUCUGCUUAUCAGAAGCUUUUGAUGAAGAGGGUAGAAGAUAAUUUGGGUACAAUUGGAAAUUCCAAGGCCCGGUCAGUGCACAACUCUGUUAUGGAGCUUCGAAAUAUAUGUAAUCAUCCAUAUCUCAGCCAGCUUCAUGCAGAGGAGGUUGAUACCUAUAUACCAAAGCAUUAUCUGCCACCAAUUAUAAGGCUUUGUGGGAAGCUUGAGAUGUUAGAUCGAUUACUUCCCAAGCUAAAAGCAACAGAUCAUAGGGUUCUUUUCUUUUCCACAAUGACUAGGCUACUUGAUGUUAUGGAGGAAUAUCUCAACGGUAAACAAUAUCGGUACCUCAGAUUGGAUGGACAUACAUCAGGGGGUGAUCGUGGUACCCUUAUUGACAUGUUCAAUAAACCGGAUUCUCCCUUUUUUAUAUUUCUUCUGAGCAUUCGGGCUGGUGGUGUUGGAGUAAAUCUUCAAGCUGCAGAUACAGUGAUAAUAUUUGACACUGACUGGAAUCCACAGGUUGAUUUGCAAGCUCAAGCAAGGGCUCACAGAAUUGGCCAGAAGAGGGAUGUGCUUGUUCUUCGAUUUGAAACAGUUCAAACUGUUGAGGAACAAGUCAGAGCUGCAGCUGAGCACAAACUGGGAGUUGCGAAUCAGAGCAUUACUGCUGGUUUCUUUGACAACAAUACAAGUGCUGAAGAUCGAAGAGAAUAUUUGGAGUCCCUUUUGCGUGAGUGUAAGAAAGAAGAAGCUGCACCUGUAUUAGAUGAUGAUGCUUUAAAUGAUCUCUUAGCUCGCAGUGAGCCAGAAAUUGAUGUAUUUGAAACUAUAGACAAAAGAAGACGAGAAGAAGAGAUGGCAACAUGGAGGAAAUUAGCAUGUGUUCAAGGCAUGGAUAUUUCUGAAACUCUGCCUCCUUUGCCUUCUCGCCUCGUUACAGACGAUGACUUGAAGGAGUUCUGUGAAGUAAUGAAGGUAUAUGAGGUGCCAAAGACUGGUGAAGUGUCUAAUGUCGGGAUAAAGCGUAAGGGUGGGGCUCUUGGGGGCCUCGAUACUCAACGUUAUGGCAGGGGCAAACGGGCAAGAGAGGUGCGUUCAUAUGAAGAACAAUGGACAGAAGAGGAAUUUGAAAAGUUGUGUCAGGCUGACUCACCUGAUUCCCCCACAAAAUCAAAGGAAGAAUUUAUGGAGUCAAACUUGCCAAAAGAUGAGAGUGGGUCUGUGGUGGCUGUUUGUAAAACAGAACUUCCUGCUCCACUUCCACCACACUUACCAUUACCCUCUGUGGAGCUGCCCCAGAUACAGCAAAGUAAAGAGGUUACACCACCAGCUAAACGAGGCCGUGGAAGGCCAAAAAGAGCAACACUGGAUCAAUCACCAACUGCGAUGGCUCUUACAGCACCUUCUGGAACUGUCAAAGUGGAUACUGGGUUACAGAGAGGAAUGGUGUCGAGCCCUGUAACAAAUUCAGGCCCUGAUUCAUCACCUAGUUCUGUUAAUGUACAGGGUAUUGGUGGAAUUGUACAACCUAAUAGUAUCGUGGCCUCACCUAGCUCUCAGCCAACUGCUCCUAAACCUUCUGUUACUCCUGGUUCUCAAACUACCAUUGUUAGCCCGUCUGCAUCAACACAAGCAUCAACACAAGUAAGAGGACAAGGUCGGAAAAGUCAAAGUGGAUUAGAAGCACCCAGGCGUAGGGGAAAGAAACAGGUGCCACAAUCACCUGGUGUUUCUGGUGGAUUAGCUGGUUCUGAUCCAAAACAAAAUGAAGUAUCACAGAACACAUCUGUGAACCCAUUAGAAAAUCAAGCCAUUGGCAUGAGCGAAACUGUUUCUUGUACUUCUGCAGUCCAACAUCCUGAUUCUUUACCUGGUUCUGUUCCUUUACAAGGUGCCAAUGACACUGAUCAUCAAGUUGGUGGUGCGAUGGCUUUGACUUCUCAGCCAACCCUUCCGUCCCCAUCUGUUACUCCUUCCUCUCAAUCUUCUCCUUUCCCUUCUGUACCUGUGCAAACGAAAGGGCAAAACCGGAAGGCUCAAAGUGGCGCAGGAGCACAGCGGCGUAGGGGAAAGAAACAGGCGCCAGUAUCACCUGCUGUUCCUGAUGUGUUAGAUGCUCAGGAUUUAAAACCAAAUCUGCAACCACAGGAUAAACCUGGAGAUUUAUCUGUGAGCAAAGACAGUGCUGUGAGAAGUAAGCAAGAGGCUGAUGGUUUACCUGGUCAGAAUCUGAACUCAACUGCAGAAUCAGUAAAUUUAGCUGAAGCCAAGCAGACAACAAGCUCAUCAAUGACACACGGGACUGCCCUCAGAACCCUGGGCCCUGCAACAGGGGAAGGCCUAAAUGUUAUUGCAUGCAAUGCUACUGUGACAAAAGAGGCUUUGGCUGAAAGUUGCUCAUCCAAACCUAAGAAUGACAAGGUUUCAGGGAAUGAAGGUGCUGCCAUACCAGCUGAGGUGAAUAAGAGCCAGAGUUUGGAGGAUAAAGCUUGUCCAGCUAUUGCAACUUCCAUAACUGCGGGCCCAGCUCAUACUCCUUUAACUGAUUCCUUUCCCAGUUCCACUGCUGUGGAAAACACCAGUGAGACAAAAUAUGACGUUGCUAAGAUUGCUCCUGGCUCUCAGUCAACGCCUUCGUACCAUUCUGUUCCUCUGGCAUCUCAAUCUAUCAAUCCUUGCCCUUCCGAAUCAGUAGAAGUCAAACGACAAGGUCGAAAGACUUCAAACAGAGCAGAAGCACCCCGUCGUAGGGGAAGGAAGCAAGCUCCAGUGUUACCUGCCGUUUCUGAUGGUCCAGCCGGUCAGGAUCCAAAAUUAAAUUCUCAAUUACAGAAUGCAUCUGCUGUUACAAUGGGAAGUAAGUCUGUUGCUCCGAGAAGUAAGCAAGGUACUGAUGGACAGGAACUGACAAAUGCUAUUCAGGCCCAGACAAGCCAAGUGCAUUUGGCUAGCAGUUUAGUGGGUCAUGAUCCAAAAAGAAAAGAGCAGUCAGGCUAUUCUGCCCAUAAUAGGCAACCUACAAACUCAUCAUCAGCACUUGACAGUGCUCCUGGAUCUUCUGAUAAGAGUUCUGCUUUGGGCCGUAUCCAGACUGCUGAUGUAAAUGAUGUUGCUCGUGUGAUGAAGGAGGUCUUUUCUGGAACCUGUUUGUCAAAAGCUAAAAUUCCUGAAACUUUCGGGAGAGAAGGUAGGGUUGCCCCCUGUGUACCUUUAUCAAGUAAGAUUCCUGUGGACACAGCCAAAAGCCAAUGUUUGGAGGAUAAAUCAUGUCCUACUCUGCCAACUUUGGAAACAGCAGCUCAUCUACUUGACCUUACUGGGACUGAUGCAAAAGGGGAGAGGGACAAGACACCUGCUUUGAAUGAAACCCAUGUUCCCAUCACUAAUAUGGACCAACCUGAAAGCAAGACGACUGUGGGCUCCAUCAAAGAAUUGAAAGGUUCAAAACAACUUUCUGUUGAUGGCACAACUAGGGUGAGUAAGACUGUUUUUCAAACAGAGUCUCCAGAUGUUGAUGUGACUGCUUCUAGUAUAGGGGCUUGUGGGAGUGAGGUAAGUUCAUCUUUGGUAUUUUCAAGUAGUGUUGAGCAUCCUCAGGUGAUUGGUGGAAACAAAACUGAAUCUUUGUCAGGAGAGUCUCCUAAAUCCUCUUCUGUUGAUUUAAGUGACAAUAAAUGUCCUACGAUUUCCAUGAAUACAGACAAUGCCAGUCUUCAUCUUGGAUUGACACCUCCUGCUCCUGAGGGCCCAGUUGAGUCAGGUGUGGUGGGCCCUCCUGCUAUGAUUGAUUCUGAAAACAAGAUAGAGCCUUGUGAUAAAGAGCAUCCUACAUCUCCUCCUUGUAUUGCGGCCAGCCUUGACUGCCCUCCCCUAAUUCCCAAAGAUUCUGAUGAUGUUAGCAAUCAUUCUAAAGACACUUCACCCAUUUCUGCAAGUCCAGAUCGUUCAGCUGUCACACCUGAUAUUACUGAAAUGACUGAAACAAAUGCCGUAGACAAAACAGAGCCUUCUUCAAAAGAGUCUCGAGAAUCUUCCCCCCGUGAAAAUGUAUCCACAACAUUUGAAAACGUUUGUGGCCCUCCCCUAAUUCCCAAAGAUUCUGAUGAUGUUAGCAAUCAUUCUAAAGACACUUCACCCAUUUCUGCAAGUCCAGACCGUUCAGCUGUCACACCGGAUAUUACUGAAAUGACUGAAACAAAUGCCGUAGACAAAACAGAGCCUUCUUCAAAAGAGUCUCAAGAAUCUUCCCCUCGUGAUAAUUUAUCCACAACAUUUGAAAACGUUUGUCCAGGAGAGAGUGCACCCAUGUCUGUUGGUUUAGAGGAUUCGGAGCUUCCUGGCAUGGCUGAGAAUGACUCUGGAGAAAUGGUUGAGUCUGCUUCAAAAGGUUAUCCAAAAUCUUCUUCCGUUGAUAUAAGCCAUGAAAUUUCCACAACUAUUACCACAAUCCCAAAUAUUGUGUUUGGUGGUGGUUGUAUUGACAAGGUUGAUGUGCCUUUUACAGAAUCUGAAGCUGCUAAUUGUUCUGGUGAAGGUAAUUUUUCGAAUCCUGAAAUUUCCUCGAAGGCUGAUGAUUUCAAAGUCACUCUUGGGUCAGCUGAUGUUGCCUCAGGGCAUAAUACUAUGCAUGAUAUUCCUACUGAAAAGGGCAUCUUGGAACUUCGAACUGAUGUGAUUGAGGAUGGUAGUAUUGAUGUGUGCAAUAUGGAAGUUGUCCCCUCUGAGGGUGAUCAAAUGAAUGUUUCUCAUGUUGGUUGUUAUCCAUCUGAAAAAGUAUCAGACACGAGUUUACCUGCAUCUUCAUUGUUAACAGUGGGAGAAAUCGAUGACUCAUCUGAUAGAGGUCAAGUUGACAGCUAUGUAGCACAGGAGAACCCAAAAAGUUCUGGUGCAGCAUUGGUUGUUUCUCAGGAUGAUGGUUUCGUUUCAGGAGACAGAUCAGAAAUCUUAGAGUCAUCUUCCUUGGUGGAAGAGGAACCAGUAGGGGGCGCAUCUGUGAAGUGCCAAAAUUCCAGUUCGUCAUCUUCAGAGGAAAGGAAAGAUUCUGUUACUGAAAAGGAUGUUAUUUUGUCAGAGGAACUUAUACCAAAAAACUUGGAUGUUCCUUUAUCUUUAAUUGCACAGGAAGAAAAUAUUGAGGGUUCAUCUGAGGAGAGGCCAAGUUGCAGCUCGAUACUACUGGAAGAUUCAAAAGGUCCUGGAGCUUUAACAGUUGUUCAAAUUGAUUUACCUCAGGUUUGUGAAACUUUGCAAGAGAAUGUUGUAUCAGAAGGUAUGGAUCCACCUUCAUCUUCCUUAGUGGCUGGAGAAGGGACGACUGAGGAAAUAUCUAAGAAGAAUCAAGUUUGCAGAUCUGUACCCGUGGAGGAACCAGAAGUUUCUGGAGCUGAAAGAGAUGCUCAAAUUGAUUCGUCUCAGGUUGAUGGCAUUUUACCGCAAAUGGUUGUGACAGACAACUUAGGUUCUCCUCCAUCUUCUUUAGUGACAGAGGAAGGAAAGAUUGGGGACUCAUUGGGAAAGUGUCUACUUGGCAGUCCAGUACAAAUGAAAGAAGACAAGAUUGAUGGAAUAUCUAUGAAACGUUUGGGUGGGAAUUCAGACCUACUGGGAGAAUCACAAGGAUCUGAUGCUGAAAUGGAUGUUCAAAUGGAUGUUUCUCAGGCUUGUGGGUUUCUAACAGAAACUGAAAGUGUUAUUGUGCCUUCAUCUUCUGCAGCAGUUAAGGAAGGAAAGAUUGAGUGCUCAUCUGAGAGGGGUCCAGUUAACAGAUCAAUAGUGCUGGGGGAAACAUCUGAAGAUUUAGUUACUGAUAAUAUGGUUGUUUCUCGGGUUGGUGUGUUUGUGCCCAAAAAUAUGUUAGAAGCUGCAGUUCAACCUUUAUCUACUUUGACAAAAGAGCAGCAAAAGACUCAGUGCUCUUCUGAGAAGGAUCAAGAUGGCCGCUCAGUACAACUGGAUGAACCAAAUGGAAAGGAAGAUGAAAUGGAUCAUCAAAUGGAAACGCCCAGAUAUUCUGGGGAUUUGCCAGACUGUAUUGUAUCAGAAAGUGGGGAUUCGGAAGAGAAGAUUCCGGGCUUAUCCGAGAAGGAUCCUGUAAGCAGCUUAGCACCACAGGUGGAAUCAAAGGUUUCUGAACCUGAGAUGGGUGAUCAUUUGGAUGCAUCUAAGGUUGGCGUUAUGUUGCUGGAAGAAGCUAUUUCAGAAAACGUUGACCUGCCUGCAUCUUCCAUAGAGACUGAAGGAAAAGAGGUAGUAUGUCCAUCUGAGGGAAAAGUUGGCUGCUCAGUGAUGGAGGAGGGUUCAAAAACACCUGUAGCUGAAAUGGUUCCUCAAGUGAAUGCUUCUGAUGCUUGUGAGAGUGUGCAAGAAAUUGUAUCAGAAAACAUGGAUCUGCCUCUGGUUACCUCAACCAUAGUGGGUGAUAGUGUUGAAGGCUCAUCUGAUGCAGUGCCUAUAGGCAGCUCCAAAUCACCAGAGGGGUUGGAGUCUGAAGCUAAAAUUGUUGAUGGUUUUCAGGUUUGUGGGACAUUGCAAGGAAAUGUUUCUGAAAACUUGGAUCAGCUUCCAGUUACCUUGGCCAUAGGGGACAAUAAUGUGGAAGGCUUAUCUGAGGCAGGGCCUAUAGACAACUCCAAUUCACUAGAAGAGUCAAAUUCUGAAGCUAAAAUUGUUGAUGCUUCUCUGGUUUGUGGGACAUUGCCAGGAAAUGUGUCUGAAAACUUGGAUCAGCUUCCAGUUACUUUGGCCAUAGAGGGGAAUAGUGUUGAAGGCUUAUCUGACGCACGGCCUAUAGACAGCUCCAAAUCACUAGAAGAGUCAAAAUCUGAAGCUAAAAUUGUUGAUGCUUCUGAGGUUUGUGGGACAUUGCCAGUAGAUGUGUCUGAAAACUUGGAUCAGCUUCCAGUUACCUUGGCCAUGAGGGGUGAUAGUGUUGAAGGCUUAUCUGAGGCAGGGCCUAUGGACAGCUCCCAAUCACUAGAAGAGUCAAAAUGUGAAGCUAAAGUUGGUGAUGCAUCUCAGGUUGCUGGGACAAUGCAAGAAAAUGUGUCUGAAAACCUGGAUCAGUCUGAAGCUCCCUUGACCAUGGGGGGUGAUGGUGUUGAAGCAUUACCUGAGGCUGGGCCUGCGGGCAGCUCCAAAUCACCAGAGGAGUCAAAAUGUGAAGCUAAAGUUGGUGAUGCUUCCCAGGUUUGUGGGUCAAUUCCAGAAACUGCAUUUAGAAACCCAGAUCCGGCUCUAGUUACCUUGGCCAAGGGGGGUGGUCGCGUUGAAGGUUUAUCUGAGGCAGAGCCUGCAGGCAGCUCCAAAUUACCAGAGUUAGAAUCUGAAACUAAAGUUGUUGAUGAUUCUCAGGUUUGUGCACCAAUGCCAGAAACUGUGCCCGAAGCUAAAGUUGGUGGUGACAUUGAAGCUAAAGCUAAAGUUGGUGGUGACAUUGAAGGUUUAUCUGAGGCAGGGCCUGCAGGCAGUUCCAAAUCACCAGAAGAGUUAGAAUCUGAAGAUAAAGUUGGUGAUGCUUCUCGGGGUUGUGUGGCAAUGCCAGAAAAUAUUUCUGAAAGCAUGGAUCAGCCUCCAGUUAUCUUGGCCAUGGGGGGUGAUAGUAUUGAAGCCUUAUCUGAGGCUGGGCCUGUAGGCAGCUCCAAGUCACUGGAGGAGUCAGAAACUGAAGCUAAAGCUGGUGGCGCUUCUCAGGUUUGUGGGGCAAUGCCAGAAAAAGAGUCAGAAAACAUGGAUGUUGAGCCAUCUUCAACAGCACGGGAAGGUGAAACUGUGGAGUCAUCUGAGAAACCAGGUGGUAGCUCAAUGGCACUGCCCGAAGUUGAAUGAGUGUCUUGACUGUUGAAUUUGUACAGCUUGUUAGACCAUAAAAACAUAUAUAUUCAGUGAAGUAUAGUUGCCCUUUAUAAAGGGGUAAUAUUUAGUUUCAAAUUAGUGUAUGACUUAUUUUGUCGAACUGUCUUCCACAAACUUAUCACUGGGAUUUAAACUUUUACUGGGCACUGAAUUUAGACGUCAGCAGCUAACUUUUUGUAACCUGAUUAUCUCCCUUCUUUAAGAAUUUGGAGCC